UCGGAUCCUCUGAAACGCAGGCGGGUACUUUAUCGUGUGGGACCGUCAGAUGAGACCAAUCAGGCUUCCCGAACCGCCCGGCGGGUUGUCGGCCGUGCCUGAGAUAUUCGAAGGUGGGUUAUACGGCGCAAUCAGGCGGGUGGUUGUGAUCGGAAACGGUUUUGCGGGCGCGGAGAAUCAGAGCAUUGGUUUGGUCCGUGCUCUCGGUCUUUCUGGUCGCCAAUCCUUAUAUCGUGUUACAAGGCCAAGAGGAGGAAUCAAUGAGUGGCUUCAUUGGCUUCCAGUUUCUCUGCACAAAAAACUAGAGUAUCUCAUGUGGCGAAUUUGUGGCGAGAGGAGAUUUGAAGUCAUAGUGAAAGGGAAAAAAGUGAUGCCUCUUUCUGUUGAAACAAGUGGCCUCUCUGAUGUUCUAGAAGCUGAUGCAAAGCACAUUGCGAAAAUGGCUCGUGAAACGUUUGAGAAAGACGGCCCAUUAUUGGUGGUUGCAUCUGGCCGGGAUACCAUUUCUAUUUCGAGCUCCAUAAAAUGUUUAGCUCCUGAUAAUGUCUUUGUGGUUCAGAUACAACAUCCAAGGUCGCAUUUGAAUAGGUUUGACAUGGUAAUUACUCCUUUUCAUGAUUACUACCCGUUGACUCCUCAUGCACAGAAGCAAAUUCCUCGGUUUCUCCGCAGGUGGAUAACCCCACGUGAACCUCCUGGCAAAAAUGUGAUUCUCACUGUGGGAGCUCUUCAUCAGGCUGAUUCUGCUGCACUUAGGAAUGCUGCUUCAGCCUGGUAUGAUGAGUUGGCACCACUUCCAAAGCCCUUGCUUGUGGUCAAUGUUGGAGGGCCUACAAGAAACUGUCCAUAUGGCAAGGAUCUUGCAAUGAAUUUAGCGGGUAUGCUGCAGAAUGUACUUUGGAGUUGUGGAAGUGUCAGGAUAUCUUUCUCAAGAAGAACUCCUGAGAAGGUGUCCAAAAUUCUAGUAAGAGAAUUUAGUACUAAUCCUAAGGUUUUCAUUUGGGAUGGUGAAGGUCCGAAUCCACAUAUGGGGCAUCUAGCUUGGGCUGAUGCUUUUGUCAUUACAGCUGAUUCAGUAAGUAUGUUGAGUGAGGCUUGCAGUACUGGGAAGCCUGUUUAUGUAAUUGGUGCUGAGCUGUGUACAUGGAAGUUUGCUGACUUCCAGAAGUCUCUUCAAGAGCGAGGAGUUGUUCGACCGUUCACUGGUAAAGAGGAUAUAUCGGAGAGCUGGAGCUAUCCUCCACUUAAUGAUACAACAGAGGCUGCUAACCAUGUGAAUUUGGCGCUUGCUGAGCAUGGAUGGAGUAUACGCACAUAUUAGGUUAUCUAACGUUUGGUCACUGAGCCCAGUAGUGUAUCGGAGGUCGGAACCGUCUUUAACCAGAAGCGGCGUUUUCCGUGGUUUUUACUAAUUGACACCUAGAAGCAGUAUCUCACCUGGUUUUUACCGAUUGAGAAAAGCAGUUAGCCCUGACCAGAUUGACCAAUUUUGGCUAUUCACUGUGUUAGUAUUCUCUUAAUUGAUUCUGGCAGACCUUGUUUGUUGUUCCAUGCCAGAUGGGAUUUUGAGUUGAUUGGGGGCAUUGCAAUGAAAAGUAGCAGAAAAGGCUGUCUUGUAAACUAAAAUUUGAAUUAUACUACUUGUUCAACAGAAAAGAAGUGUAUAACGAUAUGUAAUUUAUUGAUUUUGUUCAUAAAAUUUUCUGCUCUUUGCUUA